GAAGUCUUUUUCAGUCCACUUUCAGUCCUCGACGCGUAAACAUUGCAUUUAACAUUCGUGCUUUGAGUUUACACGCGAUUUCUUUGUUGUAUUUUAAGCAUCUGCAUUCUGUAAUAUUGCUUUCAAAAAGUGUUAAGUACAUAGAUGCGGCCCGUUUAUUCUGCCUUUUGUGCGAUUUUAACUUGUUAUUGAGAGAGAACCAAAGUUCACGCCCCCUCUCUUGUGACGUCGUAUGCAAAUGCAGUGCGCGGCGGCAGGUUAAUUGAAUUCGAUUUGAUUGCACUUGCACUCGACCAGCGGCGGGAAAAGAUUCAUAUAGCGGCCACAGGAUGGAUAGGAAAUUCCUGAUGAUUCUCAUCCUGGGCUUCGGCUUCAUGUUCGUCUUCACGGCAUUCCAGACCAUGUGUAACAUCGAGAAAACCAUACUGGACAGCAUUUCCCAGGAGGAUGAUAGCUUCAAGGGCGAGGGUUACACCAGUCUGGCCAUCAUCUACCUGUUCUUCUCGCUCUCCAACUGGCUGGCACCGUCGUUCAUUUCGUUCACUGGACCCCGAGUGGCCAUGGUCGUGGGAGCACUGACCUAUACGGCCUUCAUGAUCACGUUCAUGUUCCCAUCCACGGUGCUGCUGUACGUGGGCAGCGCAGUGCUGGGACUGGGUGCCUCGAUCACCUGGACGGGCCAGGGAACGUACCUGGCACGCUGCAGCGAGACCACCACCAUAUCCCGCAACUCGGGCGUCUUCUGGGCCCUGCUGCAGUGCAGCAUGUUCAUCGGCAACCUGUUCGUGUACUAUCAGUUCCAGGACAAGACUCGCAUCGACAAGGAGACACGGAACCUGGUCAUCGGCGUGCUCACUGUGAUCGCCGUGUUGGGCAUUGUCUUCCUGGCCGCCCUAAGAUUCAUGGCCGACAAUGCCGAGCACGACAAUGAGCUGGAGCAAAAGCACACGGGCUGCGGACAGGCCAUGUACGCGUUGAAGUCGGCUGGACAAUUGUUUCUCACCAAGAAGAUGCUGCUCCUCAGCUUGGCCUUCUUUUAUACAGGUCUGGAGCUGUCGUUCUUCAGCGGCGUUUUUGGGUCAGCGAUUGGAUUCACCACGAAAAUAGCCGACCCCAAGGAGAUCGUUGGCCUGGUGGGUAUCUGCAUUGGAGCCGGCGAGGUCUUCGGAGGUGGACUCUUUGGGAUACUGGGCAACAAGACGACGCGAUAUGGACGCGACCCCAUCGUGAUUGUCGGCUAUUUGAUGCACAUGGCGGCCUUCUUCAUGAUCUUCAUCAACCUGCCGAAUAGCGCACCGUUCAAAGAUACCACCGAUAUAUCCUACCUGGAUCCGCCCAGAGCCAGCAUCGCCCUGGUUUGCGCCUUCCUUUUGGGCCUGGGCGAUGCCUGCUUCAACACCCAGAUCUACUCGAUGCUGGGCGGGGAGUAUGUGAACAAUGCCGUUGGAGCUUUUGCCCUGUUCAAGUUCACCCAGUCGGUGGCGGCGGCCAUCAGCUUCUUCUACUCCUCGCACUUCGGGCUGUACGUACAGCUGGGCAUCCUGGUGGUCAUGGGAACCAUCGGCACCAUCGCCUUCGUCUUCGUCGAGUGGGGCUUCAAGAGGCAUCACCGCGAGCAGGAGGCCCUGGAGAAGUAAUCGUCCCGCCUGGGAUUUAGAGUAUUAGCUGCAGGUUCUCGUUAGGGCCAUACGGCUUAGGCCAUUUGUCCGCGUUUGUUGAAUUCCUCGGAGUGCGUUGAAUCCGUGCGACUGCGUCGUCUUCCUAGACAAUAACUGAUAAGUGUUUUUGCGCGCUACUGUUGGUUGCUAUAUGUACGUAUUUUAAUGUUGGCAUUCCAAAACGUAAAUGUAAUCUAGUUGUCUAUGUUUUUAUAUGUGUGUAUUGUAUACGUGCGUUUAUUUAUUUUAAGCAGCAUUAAUUGUGCAACUGUAAAUUAAUUAAACCGCAGGUUCGAAGUAUUAUAAGAGAAAUGGGCGGCGUGCAAGAAGGGCACAACCGUGCAAAUAUAUAACGAAUUUUAAGAAAA